AUGGCCUCUGUAUCCGAUAUUUACUAUCAACUUCAACAACCCGGGACUCAAGUCACAAUGACUGCGCCUCGAACACGCGGGCGCCUUUCAAGCCUGGCAUCACUUCUAUUCGCCAGUUAUGCAACUGCAAAUCUAGCCUACAAGUCCCGACCCGAUCUCGCACCCCCAGUCCUGAACAUCACCAUCCCCGCCACAAACGACACAGCCGAAGGACUCAUCUUCUACACGCCAGAAAGUACCUACGCCGAUGAUACAGGCAACGGCCCAGCACAAAGUGGUCCAUACAUCUUCACCGAGAAAGGCGACCUCGUCUGGUCGGGAUUCGGCUUUGUCGGUCCUCGGAGUGAAAAUUUCCAGGUUCAUACAUACCGCGGUGAACAAGUGCUGAGUAUCUUCGAAGGCUCGCAUAAUUCACCCAUGGGACAUGGCCAUGGCCAUACUUCUAUUUUCGAUAAUCGGUAUCGACUCCUCGAUGAGAUUAAAGGUGGUGGGCACACUCUAGCGGAUCAACAUGAAUUUUUAUUCUUCGAUAAUCAUUCUGCUGUGUUUACGGUCUUUAAUCCUGAGAUUGCGGAUCUAUCGCCCUAUGGCGCGACGGAGGAAUCUCAGUCUUGGAUUUUGAAUAAUAAGAUUCAGAAAGUUGAUACGGAUUCGAAUCGUAUGCUUUGGGAAUGGAGUGCUUUGGAUCAUGUUGAUCCUGCUGGAACUAAUAUCACCUUGCAAAGCGGUAAUGCUGGACUAGGUGUGAACUCUAGUCAGGCAUGGCAUUACUUUUAUAUGAAUGCGUUUGAUGUGGAUGCAGACACGAAUACGUAUCUGAUUUCUGCGCGGAGUAUGAUGCAUGCGAAGUAUCUGAAUUAUGAAACGAAGGGAUCUAAGGAGAUCAUUUCUUUCUUUGAUAACUCUGCCCAUGAGAAUUUGGCUGGUGGGCCUGUUCUUCAGACGAGAGCUUAUAGUGCUGGCAAGGUGGUUGAGUUGGAUACGGAGAAUUGGAAUGCGAGAUUGAUUGCCGAGUUUCGUGCUCCUGGAGAUCUCUCUGUUCGGUCCCAGGGUAAUUUGCAGCUGCUGUCUAAUGGGAAUGCGUUUAUCAAUUGGGGGUAUGACGGUGCUAUGUCGGAGCACAAACCUGAUGGGACGACGAUCUGGUUUUCCCGGCUGGAUUCUGGGAAGUUGGGACCUGGGUCUGAGAAUUACCGCGCCUUCAAGUUUGAAUGGCAUGCCUUGCCGUAUGAGGAACCUGCGCUGGUUGCUUUCAAGGAGUCCAAUGGAACUUCUGUCUACGUGAGUUGGAAUGGAGAUACAGAGACGAGAGUAUGGAAGUUCUUUGGGGUCCAAAAUGGACAGAGAGAAUUGCUGGGCCAGGUAUCAAGAGGGGGAUUCGAGACUAGCUGGCAAACUAGCAAGAAACCCGUGGAGGUGGUCGCAGAGGCAUACGAUGCACAUGGCCACCGGCUCGUCUCUUCACAAGUCAAGACGCGUGAGUAUAAACCGCGCCUUUUUUACGCAUAA